AUGGAAAAGUUCUUGAAGUUCGCCAACUUCUUCUACACUGGUGUAGGAAUACAACCAUAUGCCAAAACUGGAGAAACUGAUAAGGACAAGCUAAUAGCCCGAAUUGUGUUUAUGGCUAAUGUAAUCAACUUGACCUAUGUUGCAACUUCUGAGAGCAUUUAUGUUUACAUUGCUUACAAUGAUAAAAAGCUCCUGGAAGCCGUCACUGUGAUGUCUUACAUUGGAUUCGUGAUUGUGGGCAUGAGCAAGAUGUUUUUCAUUCGAGGAAAGAAGUCUGCCAUGACUGAAAUGAUGAAAGAGUUGGAGGAGAUCUAUCCAAGGGGUAAAAUCGAAGAGGAAAAAUAUAAUUUGCCCAAGUAUCUUGGCACCUGCUCAAGGAUCAGUCUCACCUACUCCUCGCUGUAUUCGGUUCUCAUCUGGACUUUCAACUUGUUUAGCAUUAUGGAAUAUUGGAUCUAUGAGAAGUGGCUUAAGAUUCGAGUGGUAGGCAAAACGUUGCCCUAUCUUAUGUACAUUCCCUGGAUAUGGGAGGAUAGCUGGUCGUAUUACCCUCUGCUCUUCUCCCAGAAUUUCGCAGGAUAUACUGCAGCUGCUGGACAAAUCUCCACGGAUCUGUUACUCUGCGCCGUGGCUACUCAGGUGGUCAUGCACUUUGAUUAUCUCUCAAAUACCAUGGAAUACCACGAGCUGAGUGGGAACUGGGAGGAGGAUUCUCGCUUUAUGGCAGAUAUUGUUAAGUAUCACGAGAGGAUACUUCGCCUGGCAGAUGUGGUCAACGAUAUAUUCGGGGUUCCCUUACUUCUUAACUUUAUGGUGUCCUCGUUUGUCAUCUGUUUUGUGGGCUUCCAGAUGACUGUUGGCGUUCCACCGGACAUGGUUAUCAAGCUGUUCUUGUUCCUGUUCUCGUCGAUGAGUCAGGCCUACUUGAUUUGUCAUUACGGGCAGAUGGUGGCCGAUGCAAGCUAUGGCUUAUCGGUGGCUACUUAUAAUCAAAACUGGAACCAUGCUGAUGUACGCUAUAAACGAGCCUUGGUUAUCAUAAUAUCUCGAGCGCAGAAUGUAACCUUUCUGAAGGCCACUAUCUUCUUGGAUAUAACCAGAUCCACCAUGACAGAUCUGCUUCAAAUAUCAUACAAGUUCUUUGCCUUGCUGCGGACGAUGUAUGUCCAAUAG